CAAGAUCUUUCUAACCCAUUCAUUAUUUUAUUUUAAGGACUCGCACCGGUCGUUUCCAUAUCCUCGGACUCGACCGGGUCUUUAAUCUCUGACUCUGACAUUCCUUCUUUGUUCCUCACCAGUCCAUUGUGCACUCCGCCGGCGACAGAUUCCCCUAAGCUCGGUAGAUUCAGUAUCGUUGCAGCCGAAAUGUCGAAAUCUAAGGAUGGUGGCUCCUCCGGGGGCUUUCACCAGGAGUAUAUCGCCUCGACCCGCUAUCGCAAUGACCUACCUCCUCCGGACAUGCCUCCCAAGUUUCUGGAUAUUCCGCACGAGGGCCUAGACCGAUUUCUCACUCCGGGAUUUGCUUCCAACCUUGCGAGACGCGAGGAGCCGAACAUUGAUGUGGAUGCGGAAGGUGGUAUGCCGAUUGACCUAGUCGGUAUCCCUGGUCUUCAUUUGGGCGACGAAAGUGCCAUCAUGGCUCCCGAGAACCCCGACCCGAUUGAUCCCGCUGAUUUACCUCUUCUGAUGACGCUGGACCAGCUGAGAAACCCGGCGCCCAAGAACACAAAUGUCAGCUUUCUUCGUCGCACGCAAUACAUCUCGGCGGGCAUUCGCGCCCCUGAUGGACCCAAGGUUACGCCCAUCAGAUCCAAGUCUCUUCAAGACGAGAAGACGAAAAUGUCUCAAGAUGAUCCCAUCUACAUCAAGAAGUACAUCCAGAAGGGAUUCGAUGUUGCAUACCCGGAGAGUAAACAUUCUGGAGAAGAUACACCGAGCAGGAUCAAAGGCCACAAUCCGACGAAACUCGAACAUGAUGCGUGGGCUCAUCCAGUACAUCCCAGUAACCCCAAGCUGAAGCCCGUUGGCUUCUUCCCGCUUCUUCCCGACCUGGAGGGAUUCCCAGACCCUGGAGGCUUCGUCCAAUUCAAGUUUGACAAAGCGCCUGUCCAAGACGUUUCUGGAAAGCGAGAUAAGCGGAUGGAUGCUGCCGUUUUGCUGCCGUCUGCGCCAGAGGAGCGCGUCUGCCAGGAACAUUCCACAAAAGCAGCGCUGCACAAGACGAAUCCCAGUCUAUACCCCGACCCCGGCCCUGUUCCUUGGGAUUACGACCUGUUCUUAGCCAGCAAGGAAUCAGCCAAGAACGUCCUUGCGAGCUUACGCAUGACAAACCCCGAGCGGGACAACGAAGCUCUUUACGCUCACGAGAGCGCCGACAACACCAAAUUCCACCGAUAUGAUCGCGUGCGUACCUAUGCAACUAGCGCCCAAACGCUUGGCAACGAUCAGAAGCAAAAAGACGUCGCACUGACUCUUUUCGAUCCGUCCAAUGCCAAUGAAGAGCAGCAAGGCAAGCAAAAAGCGGCCUUUUAUUACCCGAUCCUUGGAAAGACACGCCUCAAGCCCGAGCGAGCCCGUACCAUUGCCCAAGCUGGUCUGGCCCCUACGCGCCCGAAGACCAAGGAGGAUCAGGUCGAUCAAAUUCAAGUGGCCGUUCGCGACCCAGAUGAGGCCGAAGUGUACAAACGAGGGUUGCACAGGGCAGCUAUGGAUCCUAAGUUCGCGAAAACCAUGCCGCCACCACCGGAGGGCGUCGCCGACGAAGCCGAGUCGCCUCAGGAACACGCCGAGGCAGACGAUCGCGAGCACAGUGUUGAUCAGCAAUCAGCAGAUCAGGACGCACCUGGUGAGGCAGACAGGAUGAGUGACGACGACGAGUGAAUGCAUUGGGCCUGAGGGUUAGUUACCUCUCUUCCGUGGCAGUGAUUCUGGAUUACGAUCAUCACCUUGUAUACUUCUGAUCUUAUAUUACCAUAAUUUGCACAUCCUCAUACCCUCUUAUGUGGCUUUGCUCCGAGACGCUGGAAUCUAUUGUUCUUCUCACCCAUCUUUCCUUGGUCCGGUGCAGGUUCCUGGGCACGCUGCAUGCAGUUGGGACCGAGCCAGCCCGCCUUCGGUCGAGGCUGCUAGCAACACAGCAGGCGUUGAGUGGCAUGAAUGGAAAUGGAGUUUCAUUUAGCGAGAAUUUCUGGUUGGGCCGUUUUGUUCUUUUUUUUUUCUUCUUGUAUGCAAUAGGCAGUUGGCAGUGUUGGCAAUAGUCUAGAAAAAAAGACCAGCGCUGCUUGAAUCUAG